UUCUCUGAAUGAAGGAAGCAACUUUGCCCCCCAAUUGCUUAAACCUAGAAUACACGAAGCUUACACGGCUCGCCAAACUCUAUUUCUACUCCAAGCCAACGGUGGGAAAGCUUGCAAACGCUGGUGAAAGGCCAAAACUCUUUAGCAAUAUCGAAUUCCUUGCUAGAAAAGUUUUUAUUUGAGCGUCAUAAAAAUGGGGACGAGAGGACUGGUGGGGGAAAAAUGGUCGCAGAGGAUUCUCUGGCUUUGCGCAAUUGGCAGUGCAGUAGGCUUGUAUAUGGUUGCUGUGGAGAGGCAGGCUCAGAACAGGGAAAGGAUGAUGGCUGAAGGAUUGACAAGUUUGGAUGGCGCACAUAGCCAGUCCCGUGGAGAGGAUGUUUGAAGAAUACAGAUACCUUAAGAGAAGGAAAGAUUUGAACCUGUAAAGUGAGUGAAAGAGUGGAGAUGGGCUGGACCUUGCUUGAGAUGAGGCAGAUAGGGGCGUGUGAAACUGGGGAGAUUGUAUGCUAUCACUAUUAUGGCCUUUUUGUGGGUCGGAUUUGCUUUCUGCAUGCUCUUUAACUAUGUCUAUAGUGUCACUUUCCUGUUUGCAAUUGCCUUCUUUCAUUUGAUGCAUUUUUUUCCUCUGGAUCUGUUCUCUUUUUCUACUAUUUCUUUGCAUGGCUGGAAGUUUUUUUCAAUAAAUUUUUUAAGUGGAGAUAAUCAAUUAGCUUUACUGAAAUUAUUAUUUGUGGUAAUGAUAGCUGAUGGAGGUUGGGUGAGAGAAUCAAUCUUAGGGUUUGUUGGAUUCUAUUUUCUAUGUAAUUAUCCUCUCCCCUUUUUUACACUGUACCUUGUGUUGAAACACUAAGGCCACUUUUUAUUUCCUUUUUCUUCCCUGCAUCAAUUUCAAUUUUAA